AUGGCGAGCGCGCCCGGCGAGGUGCCGUCCCACUUCCUCUGCCCCAUCUCGCUGCAGCUCAUGCGGGAACCCGUCACGCUGCCAACCGGCAUCUCCUACGACCGCGCCGCUAUCUCCCGCUGGCUGGCCGCGCCCGCGCCCGCCGGCGGCCGCACCUGCCCGGUCACGCGCGUGCCGCUCCCGCCGCAGCCCCAGCUGACGCCCAACCACACCCUCCGCCGCCUCAUCCACGCCUGGCUCGUGUCCCUCUCCCCCGAGGCGGAGGUCGACGAGGACGUGGCUGCGCUGCGGGGGCCCGUGCCCGGCGCCGAGGUGGCCGCGCUGCUGUCCGACGCGGCCGCGGCGAAGGUUGAGGCGCUCAAGAGGCUGCGGGAGCUGGUGGCCGAGUGCGAGGACAACCGGGCGGUUCUCGAGUCCCAGGACGGUGUGUUCGACGCCUUGUCUCGCGUCGUGAGCAGUGCCGAUGCGUCCUCGACGGCGCGCGAGGAGGCGGUCGGGGUCCUUGCGUCGCUCCGGAUCCCGGAGCUGGAGCUGGCCGCCGUCGUGGCCAGGCACAGCAACCUGGGGGAGGUACUCACGGCCGUCCUCCGCUCGCCGAACCAGAAGUCGCGCGCGAACGCCGCUCUGCUCGUUAGGUCCCUCUCGGAAGCGGCCUGGCCGGCCUGGGUCAUUGGGCUGAGCCAGGACCUUCUCGCCGAGGUUGUCCGCGUGGUCCGCGACCGUGUCUCGACGCAGGCGACCAAGGCAGCGCUGCACGCCCUCGUGGCGCUCUGCCCCUACGGCCGGACCCGCGUCAAGAUCGUGGGCGCGGGCGCGGUGCCGGCGAUCGUGGACCUCCUGCUCGACGACCCCGAGAGGCGUGUCAACGAGAUCGCGCUCGUGGCGCUGGACCGGCUGUGCACGUGCGCCGAGGGUCGCGCUGAGCUGGUCGCGCACGCGGCGGGGCUGGCCGUGGUGGGCAAGAAGGUGCUGCGGGUGUCGGAGGCGGCUAGCGAGCGGGCGGUGCGCGUGCUGCGCUCCGUGGCGCGCCACGCGGCGACGCCUGCCGUGCUGAAGGAGAUGGCGCAGUCCGGCGUCGUGGCCAAGCUCUGCGCGGCGCUGCGGUCCGAGCAGUGCGGGGUGAGGACCAAGGAGAGGGCGCAUGAGGUGCUCAAGCUGCACUCCAGGACCUGGAGGAGCUCGCCCUGCCUGUCUCCAAAAUUUUUGGAGCUCUACCUUUCAUGA